UCUGCAUUGUAACAGUAUUACCUAUAUCGACUUCACUGAGAUCUCCUAGGACAAAAAGCAUGUAAUUUUUCCGCAGUCUGUCAUUUUGCUUCUUUUUUUUAUGGAAUACUCCUCAAGAGGGGUGGAAGCCUCGAGGUGUGUGACGUAAUUAAUACGACAUCAAAAUGAUUGCUUUAUACCAUAACGCUGAUCAUGACCUUGUUAGAUUACGUCACAUCAUUCCACCAAUCUUGGAGACUAUUCCAUAAAUAAAAAUAGCAAAAUGGCAGCCUACAUGCCUUUUGUUCUAGGACGUUUCAGCCAAGUCGAUAUUGGUGGCAUGGUUACCGUCUAGUAUAUGGAAUCCGUGUCUUUGCAAUGUGUUUUUUAACGAUCGAACAGUAAUUAAAGGUAGGCGAGUAAUUUAUCGUAAUCUUUUUUUUUUUUUCUUUUUUCUUUUUUUCUUCUUUUUUCUUUUUUAAGCUAAAGGGGGCAUAAACCCCUCCACCCUCCCACCCUCCCCUUGGAUCCCCCAUUGACUAAUUACAAACAUCCAACGUCAUUUGCGCUUCUCUUUGGUGUUCAUUCACUAUAUUUAUUAUAUACCGAGUGAGAGAUAAUGCUAUAUUUCCGUAUGAGGAGGCAGCGCUUUCAACAAGAUCGACCGAACACGUUUGUUUGUUGUAAUACCAACAGCGUGUCCCGGGAUCAUCUAGUAUAAACUGCGCUAUUGCGUGCGGAAAAGACAGUAACUGUACACGGAUGAGCGGGCAUACCGUUUUAAGGAUGUAAAAAAAAAACCCAACAAAUUCCAGGUAGCUGGUUCUCAAACAGUCUGGUAUAAAAACAAAUAUGGACGAGUCCGAGGUAAAGCUAUCCCGCACACACGUCAUACGACGAUUGGCUAUCUUCUGUCUGUGGACAGUGACGUCAUUCGUGUGCCACCAGUGCGCCAAAGUCUUUCUCCGCACGGGGCUGACGUACCUGCCCCAGCACAGCAUCUUCCUCUCCGUGAUCCUGACCCUGGCCCAGGCCGCGACGUGCGUCUCACUAGUGGACGUCCAGCAGCGGAGGAACAAACUGUUCUGCGUCAUCGCGCUGUCGCACGUCAUCGCCACGUUUUGCACGAACUGCAGCAUGGCGUUGAUGAGCGCCUCCUCGACUCUUGCCAUCAAGCUAAUGGAGCCCAUCACCAGCGCCGUGCUGCAACGCCUUGUCCUCUCCGUCCCCCUCUCCACGUCCACCCUCGUCAGUCUGCCCCUCAUCGUCUCCGGGUCCGUCAUCUUCGCCGGGAACCCGCUGGCGGUGUCGUCCAUCUCCGCGGGCGUGCUGCUGGCGGUCGCGUCCAACGUCAUCCUCGCCAUCAGGAACGUGUCCAUGAAGCUGGGUCAGAAGGAAUGCGGCAGCGAGAUUCGACUUCGGCCCGCCGGGCAAGUCUUGGGUGUGGCCGGGUGCGUUGUAGCAUUCACUGCAGCGGUGUACGUGUUGGAACUUAGAGGAAGUCUGCCGAAAUUUACGACGCCCAUUAUAGCAAUGUUGCUGACGUCCAGCUUGUUUCACGUCGUGUACUCGUACGUGUCUACGAACGUGGUCCUUCGGUACAUGACCGUGGUUAGCCACGCCGUGAGCAACAUCAUGAAGAGGGUCGUGGUCGUCCUUCUGUUGUACCUGUUUGGACAACGACAUGCAGCUACCUGGAACUUCGCAGGUUUGAUCGUCUGCACGCUGGGACUUAUGAUAUAUGUGAAAGGGAAGAUUGCUUCCGAUAUGAAAAUGCACAACAAGGCAGUCACAGAUUCGUCUAAAUCACUGAACUACCGAAAGGCAUUGGGGCUACUGAUAAUUUCAGCAGUGUCGGUCCUUGGAGUGGUUGGUAACUUUGGUUCCCCUCGUGGAAGCUUCAGUUCCCCUCGUGGAAGCUUCAGAAGACUAGAGAACCAUCAUUUCGAUCACCAUCCACCCUACACAGCAGACAAAUUCAGAGACAGGUCAUUCGGAGCAGAUGCGUUUAAGCUAAUGGACAAACAGCAACUAUUGCCCGAUCUAAAUUCCAGUUAUUUGGCUCAAAACAAGAGUCAGAUAAAUCAGUUCCUGACAUGGCGCCUCAUGGAUCAUGGCCACAACACCGACCUUCUAGCGCCACUGCUGCCAACCAGCUACGAGAUAAUACGCGAGGCUCAAAGGGUUCACUUCAACUUGCUUGCAGACCUGAUCGGUCAGUAUAAGUACGCCAUGUUCUUCGACAUCGCAGCGUUUGAAAACAAAGGCGACCCCGCCAUUACGACGGGCGAGGUCUACUUACUGCGACGGUUGGGAAUCAAGGUCGUAUUUUACUGCAGCUGUCUCGAGUGCGCCGACACCAAGCUUCAAAUUCACGCGCAGAAUCUGAGUAAAGGGUACUCCAACAAAGAGCUCGUUAUUCUGUUUCACGGCGGAGGGAACCUGAUAGGAUAUCCCUUCAACGACGUCCUCAGAGAGAAUCUGUUUCCCAGAUUCAAGGGGUUCCAGAUUGUGGUAUUCCCUCAGACCGUGUUCGUUCGCGAUAACAAGUACAGCGGUGCGCAUUUUACCCGCUGCAAGAAGAUCUACUGCUGCAACCCGAACCUGACAAUCGUCCUGAGAGACAGGACGUCGCUAGAGGUCGCCCUCAAGUACUGGAACAACGGCACUAAAUUCCUGCUGGCACCGGACAUGGCCUUCCAGAUCGGCCCGGUGCGCCGGUUCAUGUCUCCCGUGUAUGACAUACUGUGGCUAAAACGAAAAGACAGCGAGGCUCCCAGUUACCUGGCCGGGGGGAUGGUAUUUCCAAAGAACGUCACCUACAAUAUAUCCGACUGGUGGGCUUGGACGACGCCCAAGGGCUCGUCGUCCAUGGAAACCGCGUUCCUCGUCAUGAACAAUGGACUGGUGUUUCUGCAGCGAGGUCGCGUGGUCGUCACGGACCGCCUGCACGGACACAUCCUGUGCAUGCUGUUGAACAUCCCGCACGUGUUGAUCGACAACAAGUACAAGAAGCUGUCGUCCUACCACAACACGUGGACCAGAGGUCUCGAUAAUGCGUUCAUAACGAACAAAAGCUCGCAAGCGUUGAAACUCGCACUGAUAUUGUUAGACAAGUAUAAAGACCAGCUGCCACCGAUCGCUCCAAUAAUGGACGUGAACGAAUAUAAGGUUUCUAAAAACCGUGAAAAAGCAGAGAAAGGUUAAUGUUGAAAUUAUUCGUCACGGAAAGGAAAGAAAUGUUAAUUCCUGUUAACGACAACUCAACACAUUUUGAACUCAAGCUAUUUUGGUGUCUAACAUAUAGUCAUUUCCUAUGCAAUUUCUUUUUUAAGAUCUCUCUUAGUAUAGAAGUGUCCUUAUAGUACAGUGCAGUCCAGUGUAAUGGCGCGCCUAAGCAUUCAAAGACCAUUUUCUAUGUGAACAAAGUGAAAUACUUAAAGUUACAUUCUCUGGUUACCAUAUUAUAACAUCGUGUACAAAUAUGAAAUACAAGCUCAAAUGCACUUUUA